AUGGAUACUAAACGAACUCGCAAUACUCGGCAGAAGAAAGCUUCAUCUUCCAAUACAAAAGAGUUAAUGAAAAGGGAAUUUGAAGCAGAAUUAACUAGAUUGCAUACAUUAGAUGAAUACAAAAGAGUCAAUUCUCUGAGAUUUUUCACUAGAAAUAAGUUAGAGACACUGUGUUUACAAAGAGAGAACCCUAUCAAACUUCCACAUCGCCCACUAGAAGGUGAAUAUCAGUUCAAAUCGCUUGUUAAGAAAUUUGAAGGAAAAGAGGAAAGCUCACUCUCUGGUUUCACAGAGAAUGAAGCGUCAGUUACUGUUAGUGAAGAAGAUGCCCUUUAUAACGAAAUCCAAGUCCAUGCAGUUCAGCAUAAGCCAAAAUUUGUCUGCCCUAUCAACAUAGGGAAUGAUUUAGUCAGGAGUCAUAUUUCUGGAUUUGAGAAAGGGCAAGAAGAGCAAAAAGUUGAGGAAUUGUUCAAAGAGUACAUCAAAUCUUACAAACAUUAUCUUGGAGUAAAAGUAGCUGAUGAAACUAUGAUCAACCACCCUAUUUAUCAAGAUUUAAGUGAUUUGCAGAUGCCUGGAUUCUCGUUACUGAAAAAGGUGAUCCAUGUUCUGAGAAGGAAACCUGAAUACUUACCAAUUUUAUAUUCAUCAAGAGGGAUUAAAAAGCCGGUGGAGGUAUCUUUCGCUGCUAUGAGAUUGCUUGAAUAUGAGAAGCUAUUUUGGACUAAUGAUAAAAACAUAAAAACUUUCAGCGAUAAAUGAGCAUCCUCAGUGAGAAAAUGCUUCAAAGAGCUAAUGUGCCCAAGAUGCUUGAUAUUUUGAUGCCCUCACCACACUCCACCUGAUGAAGAUGAUCACAAUUUUGGAAAGAAAAUCCAAACUAUUAAUUCAAGUUUUUAUCUCAACGAGGAAAUGCAGGCAAGAGCUUAUUUCAGAGAUCUUGGAUCAGAAAUGCCAUACGUUGAUGGCAUAAUACCUCCAGUUAGAAGGAAACUCAGAUAUCAAAGAAUGGACGAUAACCUCAUUUUCUUUAGUUGAAAAUAAGAAGACUAAUUGUAUAUGGAACUCUCAAGCAAAUGGAGACGUCUCAAAACUUACUCCAGAAGAAGUCUGGACUGCGAAGAGACUGUAUCUCAGAAUACCCAAUAUUACAAGCUGCCAGAUCUGCUACCUAAUGGGGAUCACAAAAUGUGCAGACAUCAAUGAAGUCCCAAGUGUAUUCAAAGAUGAGCUAAAACAGCUACUGAAAUUUGAAGAAUACCCUAUAGAUUUUGAAACUUACAUGAAAUUUAAGGACAAUGAAAAUAAAAAUAACUACAAGAAUGAACAUUUUGAUCAGGAUGAUAGCCUAGGAAAAGAUUGAGUAGAGGAUAAUAAGCGAUCAGGCAGGGACCUCUUUUGUGCCUGUUCUCAUAAUGGCCCUUGCAAUGAAUACGUUCAGUGAAUUUGACUCCAAUCUAGUUGUACGAAGUACUGUAGUUGAGGUGGUCGCUGUGAAAACCAAUACCCAGGAUGAGAAUGCUCCAUCGGAGAAUGAAAUACUCAGAAUUGAGUCUGAUAUAGAUUAUCCAGGCCUUGUGACCCAGAUACUUGUUUUAACUGUUGUUGCAAUAUCUAUCCCAACUCUUUAGAGAUCGAUUCCCAAGUGGCUGAAGAGUUUAGCAAUAUCUGUCCAAAUAUUGACCUAGCUCUUAUCAAACCUAAAAUUCUUUAUAUGGGCAAAUCAAGAAUUUGUGAUGGCGUCGGAAUUUUUGCAGGUCAAGCUUUCAAGCCAGGCGACUUCAUAGGAUUUUACUCAGGAGAAAUUCUUGGGAUAGAAAGUAUAGCAAGGAGAGAAAUCGCUCAGCAAUUUACAGGAAAAAUCUAUAUUUUUGGGUUUAACAAUCGAGACUCUAUUGACUCUUCUAAAGUUGGCAAUAUUAUAAAAUACAUAAACAAUGGAGUAGGCAUGCAUGCGAAUGCUGAAUCCAGGAAAUCUUCAGAAGAUGGCUUAAUGCCUCCAUUGAAAACUCCCGCAAUAUAUGCACUAGAUCAUAUAGAAGUUAAUCAAGAAAUCAGAUUUGACUACUGAUUCCCGAAGACUGAAGACGACCAGGAAUACAGUCAAGCUCCAGAGUGGGCUGGCAAGUAUCUGGAUAUGUAUGCACCAAUGACCAAGCCUCCUCGUAACAAUCAAUAAACAAUUUGAUCUACUUUAGCCAAUA